GUGGUUAGGCCCUCACAUCAUAAAUUGGUAGCUGGCAGAGAGGUCCCCCCACUUCACCAGUAUACAAAAACCAUACCAAAGAAAGAGAGUUGUCCUAAAAUUUCUGCCAAGGAUUGUGAUCAGAGAUGGAGGAUUUGAUGGGAUUAUUGAGAAUUCAUGUGCAGAGAGGGGUGAAUCUUGCUGUGAGAGAUGUUGUAAGCAGUGACCCUUAUGUUGUUGUCCGGAUGGGAAGACAGAAAUUAAAGACUCGUGUCGUAAAGAAGAGUGUCAAUCCAGAGUGGAAUGAUGAUUUAACUCUCUCUGUUGCAGACCCAAGUCUUCCAGUUAAGCUUGCAGUAUUUGAUAAAGACAUAUUCAGUUUGGAUGAUAAAAUGGGGGAUGCAGAAUUUGAAAUUGGUCCAUUUAUAGAAGCUGUAAAGAUGCGCUUGGAAGGUCUUCCGAGUGGAACUGUAAUCAGGAAAAUACAGCCGAGCAGGCAAAACUGUCUAUCCGAAGAGAGUUGCAUUAUUUGGAGCAAUGGCAAAGUUGUUCAAAACAUGUUCUUGAGGCUGAGAAAUGUCGAGUGUGGUGAAGUUGAGCUUCAACUGGAAUGGAUCCAUGUUCCUGGUUCCCGAGGACUUUAAAUAAUUACUUGAUUAAUUUCUGUUGUUUUAUAUUUUCUUCCUUGUGCAAAGCCUAAGCCAGUGUGCAUGGUAGAUUUUGAGAGUGUCAUAACGUUUAUAUUUUCUUCCUUGUGCAAAGCCUAAGCCAGUGUACAUGGUAGACUUUGAUUA